AUGGAUUCUGCCGUGCUGCAAUGCAUUAUCUGCCCUAGGCAACCUCGGUUCAGCGACAUUUCGCACCUGCUGACCCACGUCGCUUCCAAGGCUCAUUUGUCCUAUUACUUCAAGCUUCAGGUUCGCAGCGUCGGGGAAGCUCAAGCCAAUGAGCUUCUCGCAAAGUACGAUGAUUGGUAUGGCACCAAUGGUCUCGCCCAGUUGCUGUCCGACAGGAUGACCUCCAAGGAAGACCGGAAGCAAAAGAGAAAGUCCCAGCUCAAAAAGGCGGUCGAUUCCAAGAUCCAGCACACGCAGAGAAGAUCGCGACGCUCGAAUCCAAAAGGAUACUUUUCUCCUGAAGUUCCUGCUUUUCCCGACUUCCUGGAUCCUCGCCUGGUGGACUCCCCGGAACAAGUGAAGCGUAGUUCGAGCAUCCAGGAUUUGUCCUUGGACCCAAUCUAUGCCACUCCGGCCACAUCUGCGGUAGCCGAUGCCAACGUCAUGCAAAUGGAGACCGACUUUGGGCUGGUCUCAACGCCGCCAAUGCGUACCGUGACACACGAGGGACAUGGGCACAAACAUGGUUAUGCAGAGAUGAGCUAUGCCGUUCUGCCAGAAACGCCGAAGCGGUUUCUGACUAGAGGAAGACCGAGUGCAAUAUCCUUGGCGGUGGGCCGCAACAUCCCGGAUCCUUUCAUGGAUGAAAUGCAUACUGAAGUCUCGGAAGAGAUCGAUGCCGACAAGGAACGAGCAGAUGAAAUGGCCAGACUCAAGGGUAUCCUGUGGCCAGGAAUGGACAUAUUUGAUUCCGCGACCCAGCAAAUGCGACGCAAGCGCAAUCAGAAGAAGGAUCGAAGUGUGUUGGAGAUGAUGGAGUUGACAUCUUUGCAGGUGGAGCCUACUGAGCUCAUAUUUUCCCCAACGGGGGUCUUCCGGAAGCAGCGUGUGAUUUCCGGUAAUGUUGAAGAUGACACUCCUCUGAAAGGGGAGACGCCCAUCCCAAAGAGACGCAUUACACGUCCCAAGAGGGGAGUUCUUCGCCAGGCAGACCCCAACUUGCCUCGCGCUCAAGACAGGAAACGCGCCAAGAAGAUUGUGAACAACAACCGCAACAGAAAGGAUUUGGAAACCUUUGAUAUCAAUGAUAGAUCCCCUUACCGUUUUACUGGGGGUUUGAAGGGCAUCAACUCGUCGUACGGCGAUGAUAGUGAGAUUGGUCUCGCUGUGCAGGCGUUUGGAAAACGACGUGGCAAUGGGUUUACCAUCUUUGCUGAUGGAGAAGGACCAGAAACAACAUUCAACGACCGAUCUGGACACUUUACUGUCCCACGCGACAACUUGACUCCGGCACGUUUGAUACUGAAUCACAAAUUGGAUGUCAACGACCAUGUGGCAAAGCCUGGUCAAACUGCCCGAGACAAGGAAAAUAUUGAGCCGAUCAUGAACGCCCAGGGUCGAAUUGACUUUCAGGAUUGGCACUCACCCUUUCCAAGGCAAAGUGACACAGACAAUGCCGGGUACGCUCCUCGAUACUACUAUGAAGAGCCUCCCUACGGCGGUCUUGGGCCUGAUGGAUCUGACAAUGCUGGACACCGAUCCAAUCCUCUGCUGGCCCCGAGCUCAAAGUUGGAAUUCUAUGAGGCAAGCCCAUAUGGGAAUGAUAUGACGAUGAAUCCCAGUGACUGGACAAUCACUGACGUGCAACACCGUGCGGCGUCUUCUGAGGCGACUAUCUCUGAGCAGGAUCAACGCGACCUUGCUCGCCUUUAUUUGGCCACCAACACAGAAUAG